AUGGCACGACUCGCUUGCCAAGACGAAGUCCAAAUGACAACCAACGACCAACUCGCUGUGUUGGUCGCGGCGCUCACAGCCCCCGACGGACAGACGAGCCGUCCCCAGCAGAUACGCCGCCGUCUCUUCAACACAAACCCUACGGCAACUGGAGUCGACCACGUCUCCGAUGACUCGGAGCCUAACGAAACCCUUCUCGCAGACGCUCCCCCAGAAAGUUCAGAUCUUGCAACAAUACGCGAGAUCGCAGAACUCAAACUCAGCCUUCAACAGAUGAGCGAGAAGAUCCACCAAGUAACCAGCGUGGCUCCACAAAUCGAGAGCGUACUCGCCGCAACCUCGCGUACUCCUUUUACUCGCGCGCUAACUAGCGUGCAACUCAGAAAGAUAGAGAAGCUACGCCUACCUGAAUAUAAGCCCGGCGGAGACCCGGUGGAGCAUAUGACAGCUUUUAACAUCGCGAUGGCGCGAGCUCGACUCCCUGACGAUGAAAGGGAUGCAGGUUACUGCCAGCUGUUCGUUGAGACUCUCCACGAGCAAGCCCUGACUUGGUUCUCCCAGUUGGAGGAGAACUCAAUCGGAUGUUUCCGCGACUUAUCAGCAGCUUUUCUCAAGACAUACAUCAUGUUCACAAAGCGCAGCGCCACCGCCUCGAGCUUAUGGAACCUCAACCAGAAGAAAGACCAGAGCCUGCACGAGUACAUGGAGAAAUUCAAAGCCGUGGUGUCAAAGAUUGAAAUCCCAGACGGGAUCGCCAUCGACGCUCUGCGCAACACCUUAUGGGUUCACUCUAAGUUCCGAGAAGACCUAUACCAGAACCCAACUACGUCGCUCCAAGACGCUAUCGCGCGCUCCGAUAACUUCAUCAGGAUGGAAGAAGACACCAAUGCAAUUCUCAGCAAGAUGAGCACGCUCAAGGCUCCAGCGGGUAAAAACGCUAAUACGAGACAAGAACCGCGCCAGCACGCUCCGAACGACAAAAACAGUCGCAAAGACGGAUACAUGUAUGUCGUCAACGAGAAUAACGUGCCGAUCUCCACUCUCGUAGUUCGCGGAGAAGGGUGGAACAAGUGGGCAAAAGAGCUUGAGUCGCCCGACAAACCGGUCGACACUUUUUGCACCACCCAACCUACAGCGGGAGCCGGGUCAGCAGCGGGGCCUUCCAGGACCGUCGAUCUCACCAAGCAUUGCAAAUAUCACGACGUCAAGGGACAUGAUACCACAAAAUGCAAAUCACUCUACGCGCAUUAUCUCUCGUCCCUUGCGAGCGGCGAAUUUAAGUUCGAACCUUUGAAAGCUAAGCCAAAGAAUGGCAAGAGUUGGAGUACGAACAAGGAAAGGAGAGCCCAACGCAAAGCCACCAGCAAAGGUCGACAAAGCGACACUCAACGACGAGAUGACGAGGAGGAAACCCCGAAGGAUAACGGUGAGGGAGACUCCUCAGCCGACGAAGAGCACCCAGCUAAUCGCAGACGCAUCAAGGUUAUACUCUCUCAGCAAUCUUUGUCGUCCGAAGACGAUAACGACGAUGCACCUGUACUCGGAGAUCUGAGGGACGUCCUGAAACGGAAGUUCGAAUCCGAAAAUGAUAGUAGUCCCAAGCACAAUGAUCUCCGGAUGAUGCUGAAUACACGCAAGUCUCGACGUAUCUCGACAAGCAACGCUAACACCAACGAAGGGCCAAUCAGCGACCUCCGAGACAACCUCAACGCUGGCGUAUGCGACCUUCGCAUACAACUCAACCGUUAG